AUGCACUUAUACAGCAACUCUGAAGGUGCCAAAAUACCAUUAUGGCUAGAUUGUGACCCGGGAAAUGAUGACGUUUUUGCCAUCUUGCUAGCAGCCUUUCUGCCAUACUUCGAUCUUUUGGGGAUUUCGACUGUUCACGGCAAUGUCCUGCUCGAAAAAACAACUCAUAACGCGGUGGCAUUAUUAGAUGUGCUAGAAUUCAAGCAAGAUGAGAUCAAGGUUUAUGUUGGCUCAGAAAAGCCCUUAGCCAUAAAACCAAUUCAUGCGGAAUCUGUGCACGGAAUAACUGGAAUUGGUGGGGCAACUUUGCCUAAGAAACCAAGAAUCGAAGUUUCCUCGGACAUGGGAUACUUAGAAGCAAUGAGGCAGGCUAUUUUGUCCCAUGCGGAACAGAUUUGUGUCGUUUGCACCGGAGCCCUCACGAACUUUGCUAAACUUAUUACCAAAUAUCCGGAAGUGUGCGAUAAAAUCAGAUAUGUAUCCAUCAUGGGAGGCGCUAUUGGCACCGGAAACAUCACCCCGACAGCAGAAUUCAACAUCUACUGUGAUCCGCAUGCUGCCGAUGUGGUUUUCAAAGAGCCUGGAUUGGCAAAUAAGAUAAUUUUGACGCCAUUGAAUCUUACCCAUACAGUUUUGGCUACUCCAAGUGUCAGAGAAGCAAUCCGUGGUAGUGGGAUUGAGGCGUCAAGUACGAGGGACAUGUUCUCGAAAAUCAUUGCAUUCUAUUUCGAACACUAUAAGGAGUGUUACGAUGGUAUUGCUGGACCGCCUGUUCAUGAUCCACUAGCUGUUUUCCUAUUGAUAGCUAUGUUGGCAAGAGAGGAGCCCUCCCUUUCUCACAUUGCGACAGUUUGUGAUUUCCAUUAUCUCCAGCGAAACGUUGAAGUCGUUGUUGGGGGAAAUGAUCUGGGUAAAACCGUCAUUGUAAAUGGAGAUUUGGAUCCAUUAAAACACGAAAAGAAUGGGAUAUAUAUUGGUAUGAAUGUUAACAGGCCAUUCUUCUGGGAAUCGGUGAUUCAUGCUCUUGAAUUGGCUGAUAGACAAGUCAAAAAUAGGCAGAGCAGACAGUAG